UUUCUGAGUUCAUAAGACCUUCAUCUGUAGACUCACACUUCAGUCAUGAGCCUUUAUCCCUUUUAGCCCAAUACCCUUCUGUACAAAUGCCUGUGCCUUUUGGGGCUUUAAGCUAGUUUUUUGUUUUGCUUUUAAUUUUUUCCAAUUCAGUAAGGCUUUUCCCUCUUUUUCUCCUGUUGGUUGUUUGAACAAAAUUCACUAUGAAUAAAAGAGGGAAAUAUACAACAUUGAAUUUGGAGGAGAAAAUGAAGGUUCUCAGUAGGAUUGAAGCUGGACGAUCUCUUAAAAGUGUAAUGGAUGAAUUUGGAAUCAGUAAAUCAACAUUUUAUGACAUUAAAAAGAAUAAGAAAUUGAUUUUGGACUUUGUACUGAAGCAGGACAUGCCAUUAGCAGGGGCUGAGAAGAGAAAAAGGACAACAGGAGCCAAAUAUGGUGAUGUGGAUGAUGCAGUCUACAUGUGGUACCAACGGAAACGCUCAGCUGGUGUCCCUGUUAGAGGUGUGGAGCUUCAGGCUGCUGCAGAGAGAUUCGCACAGUGUUUUGGGCGAACAGACUUUAAAGCUAGCACUGGCUGGCUUUUUAGAUUUCGAAAUAGGCACGCAAUUGGGAAUCGAAAAAUAUGUGGGGAACAAGUCCUAAGUUCAGCUUCAGAAAAUGUUGAACCAUUUCGACGAAAACUGUACAUGCUUAUCAAAGAGGAGAAACUGAGUCUAGCUCAGCUAUACAGUGGGGAUGAGACUGACCUCUUUUGGAAGUCAAUGCCAGAAAACAUUCAGGCAAGCAGAAAAGAGAUCUGCCUGCCUGGGAGGAAAAUAAACAAAGAACGGCUGUCUGCUCUUUUAUGUGCAAAUGCAGAUGGAACUCAUAAGUUAAAGUCAAUCAUUAUUGGAAAAUCAAAGCUGCCCAGAAGUGUGAAAGAGGACACAAAUACCUUACCUGUGAUAUAUAAGCCUAGUAAAGAUGUUUGGUUCACCAGAGAAUUGUUUUCAGAAUGGUUCUUUCAAAACUUUGUUCCCGAGGUCAGGCAUUUUCAACUUAGUGUUUUAGGAUUCCAUGAAGAGGAUGUCAGGGCCUUGUUACUUCUGGACAGUUCUCCAGUUCACUCUUCCGCCGAAUCACUAACCAGUGAGGAUGGUCGAAUAAAAUGCAUGUUCUUUCCCCAUAACACUUCAACCUUGAUUCAGCCAAUGAAUCAAGGUGUGAUCUUGAGCUGCAAACGACUUUAUAGGUGGAAGCAACUUGAAGAGAGUCUUGUAAUUUUUGAAGAAAGUGAUGAUGAGCAAGAUAAAGGAGAAAAAGGAGUUUCCAAGAUUAAAAUCUACAACAUAAAAAGUGCAAUUUUUAACUGGGCAAAGAGUUGGGAUGAAGUGAAACAAAUAACCAUAGCAAAUGCAUGGGAAAAUCUUCUUUACAAAAAGGAACCUGAAUAUGAUCUUCAAGGCUUAGAAGAUGGAGAUUAUAGAGAAAUCCUGGAGAAAUGUGGGGAGUUGGAAACCACACUGGCUGAUGAUAGAGUGUGGUUCAAUGGGGAUGAUGAAGAAAAGGGUAGCCCCGCAAAAACAAAAAGUGGAAUUACAAAGGAAGUUGUUCAGAAAGGAGGAGCUGAAGAGCAGACUGCUGAAUUUCAGUUACCUGCUGUCAGAGAGAGUUUGGACUACCUACUUGACUUUGUUGAUGUCACACCUGAGUUUCAAAGGUUCCGUUUCACACUGAAAGAGAUGCAACAAGAAAUAAUAAAAAAAGAGUUCCAGAGUAGAAUCCAUUCUAGGAUUGGUAGUUUUUUGAAACCCAGGCCUCGUGUUAUGAAGGACUCCUUCAAUAUGCCUUCAACUUCUAGUAAUUAG